AUGUCGAGCCGUUCGGGUGAUUCGCUUGAACCCCUAUUCUUUUAUGAAACAAGCCGUGCGGAUGCCGCAGCGGGGAGCAUGACGGGAUCCUCCGAGGCAUCUGUUUCGCCGAGCCCUUCCAAAAAUUCUGCCAAGGCUCACGAAGUGUCGAAUUCACCGAGCCCUUCAGGCACUUGUUCUGUUAAUAACGAGGCGUCUGCUUCGACGAGCCGUCAUCGAGUUCGGAGUUUUCUUCCUCCUGUUCCCGACGACCUUUUCUCUGUUCGAGAUACUCUUGCGGCUUGGAAGGUUAACUGGAGAAAGCAUUUUUCUUUCGAGAGAGUAGAGAGAGCCCGAGCUAUCUUCGCUGGAGUAUCCAUCAGUUCCUCUUCAUCAAAUUCAUCAGGAGAUACGCGAGAGAAAAUGGUGAUCAUUACGCUCAGGGAUAAGAAGCAACGCGAAGCCGAGGAGAUUGCCAGGAGAGCCGAACGAGCAGCUCUUGAGGAGACCGAGGCGGUACCUCGGGAUGAUCUGCCGAGGCAUGAAGGGGACGAAGUUGCCCGAGCUGCUGAUGAGAUUGCUCCCGAGGCGACGGCGCAGGAGGCGGCGCCCGAGGUGGAGCCGGGCGAGAUCAUUCCCGACGCGUCUGGAGAAAAUUCCGCAGCUCGGGACAAAACGCCGCCUACCUCGGCGAUUCUGGCUCUUCCGAAACAAUCGAGGCCUCCGGCUUCAGAUCUGGUGAAGCAUGAUUCCAGCAGGAAGAGAUUGGCUGCAAAAAAGGGCAAGGGCGCGGCCAUCCAAAAGGACGAGCCAUCCAAAAAGAAACGUAAAUCGGCGCCCGGCAAGCCCGCAUCUUGUAAGCUGGUAGUUGACGACCCGCCUGCCUCCGCGGUAAUGUUCGCCUGCGUCAACAACGCCAACACUCGUCUUCCGCCCCCCGUGCAGUUGAGGCGGUCGAAAUCCUAUGCUGCCAUAGCGCAGCGCGGUACCAAGGUUAAGGACGAGCGCCGCUUACAGGAGGCUCAGAAGGAGGCUGCGACGGCUAAGGGAAAGUUGGACGAGGCGAGGGCCAAUAUUAAGAAGCUUGAAGAGGAGAAAAUAAUUAUCCGUGCAAACGUUGACAAGGUGUCAUCCGUGGUGACUCGUCUUAAAGAAUCCAGGAGAGCCAAAGGCGCCGAGGUGGCUUUGUUGAAGAGGCGCAUUGAAGCUAAAGAUGCUUUAUUCGACGCUAAAGUGAAGCGGGCCAAGAAGGAGGUGAGGCGCGAGUUGACGGCUAAGUUUCAGGAGCGUCUCGCCAAAGUGGAGCAUGGUCUGGCCAAGCUGGAGAAGGCCAAGAGCGAUGAAAACGAGCUGGGACAGAUCAAAGGGAACCUCGCUAUGAUCGAGGAGCUCCGGAAGCCCGACAGAUCUCUGGACUCUGAAGAGGCAAAGCUGAAGGCUUGA